AUAAAAUGCACCUCACUGCCUAGCCAAAUGGGAGAAAGCACGUUCUUCGCAGCUGCACUUCAUUUUAGGGAUUAUGUUUUCAAGAUUAAAACCACAGCGUGGACGAAUAAGGGUCAUGAAGCAGUUUCUCAUCCUUUUGCUAGUAGUAGCAGGAACUCAUGCUUUCUUUCCAGUUGGUGAGACUACAUGUAAUCUCACCCACAACACAUGCCCAUGCACUCCUCUGACUGAGGGAACUGUGUAUAUCCAAGUGAUGACUAAUGCUAGUGGCCGUGAACUGAAGUUUUUGAAGGUGCUUCCCAACGGGAACAUAACUGUGUUGAGUCUGAAGAAAGAAAAAAUAACAAUGACAGACAAGGAAUUUAACAACAGACUACAGUUUAUAUUCGAGAACGGGACGCUCAAGAUCACAAACGUGAGGAGGAAUGAUUCAGGUCAAUACAGCAUUGAGGUCUUGAAUUCAAAUGGAGUCCAAGAGGAAAACAUUCAUUUCACCCUGGAUGUUAAAGACAAAGGCAAAGUUGAAGGUGUGGAAACUUACUGUGAUGGCAGACAGGAUGGAGCUCAGUGUUAUGGAGCUUUGGGAGGAAGUGUGGAGAUCAAGCUGAUGGACAACACCUCAAAAAUACCUCGAUACCAUUUGUUAAAGAAUUCAUUAAAAAUACUAGAUGUCAAAGAUAAUAUAGCUCUUCCUAAUAUCACAGAAUAUAGAUCAGUCAUUUUUCCCAGUAAUGGAACAUUUAGGCUCAGUGACCUGAGCAGGAAUGACAGUGGUAAUUAUACCCUUCAAACCUUUGAUUCAGAUGGAAGAUCAACAGGCGAGCGGACUUUUCAGUUGUUUAUUCAAGCUCCUGUGUCCUCUGUCCUGCUGCUCUCUGAGUGUCUGUCCCUGGGAGAGAGGAGGGUGUCCUGCUCCUCUGAGGGAGGGGACAGUCCUCAGUACAGCUGGACUCUGGAUGGACGCACACUGACAGAUGCUGAGCUCCUUUCUGGAAAUAAUGAGACUAACAACAUCACUCUGAAACAGCACGUCUCAGGACGUCUGGUCUGCUCAGUCAAGAACAACGUCAGUAAUGUCUCCAAAGAACAGAGAAUAUAUAUCUGUGCAGUAAUUUUACUAUUGAUGGUUGGUGUCCUCUCAGUACUGGUGAUUUUCUUAGUUGUGGGUAUAGCAGUCAUCUGUUUCCAGAAGGAAAAACAAAACAACAAAUCUGCAAAACAAAAAGAGGAAGAAGACGACCAAGUGGAGCGAAGAGCUGUAGCAAAGGUGGAGGUGGAGGUACAACACGCCCAAGUCAAGACUAAAAAGCGAUCUAGGCACACCAAACCAACAGGAGGUGACUGUUUGUAUGCAAAGGUCCAUAAAGGUGAUUUAAGUGAUUGCUGAGUUUAGGUGGGCUGCAACAUUGAAAGUCCAUGGAGGGAGAAGGUGAUGGAAAGAUACCUAAAGGUUUUUCAUUUAAUGUGAUUUCACAUCAGAAUAAUCAUCAGAGCUCAUGAAUAUUGAUUUUCAUUACUUCGAGUUCCAAAUUACCACAGGGCAUCAAUGCCUCCAGUCUUAGAUUCCCUUUGUGUUUAAUUACACAACUUAUUUUGUUGAAGCUCUAAUGGAACAAAGAUUAUGAUUGUAAUGGGAACUUUCUUUUAAUUUGAAAUUGACUAGUUUUUGACUUUGUAAUUGUGGAAUUCAAUUAUCAGAUUAAACUUUUGCAUGACUGCAGUGCAACCAGUACUCUGGGCAGUGAUACAACAUCCAGAUGCCAGCUUCUCUUAUAGAAUUAUUAUUUUUAUAGAAUAAUCAAAAACAUUGUGUUAUUUAGUUUCAUCACUAUUGAGCAGUACUCAUAACAUCAUAACAAUCAAUCAUAACAUCUCAUGAAACAUCCCACAGUAAAACCUUAGAGUAGUAUAGAUUUGUGCACUGCUAAACUACUUUUUAUAGUGAUAAUAAUAAGCAUCAGUUUUGGAUCUAUGGAUCUAUGGGCACAUGUUCAACACAGUGGCAGCUUAUUUUUACUUACAACAAACUAUAAAUGCUUUGAAUAUGUUUAUACUUGCCAGGAAAUUGACAAUAAGCUUCAGUGCAAAUAUCAAGGAGAUCUUCAGAGUCAAGAUAACAUUUAAUUAGCUCAAAUCUGCUUCUAUAAUUAUGUUCUUGUUUUUUUAUUCAAUGUAAAUAUUAGAUAAACAACAAAAUGCACAUUUAGACAUAAAUUUGGAGACAGUGAGAUUAUUCUUUUUUUGUUUAAGAGUACCAGAUUUUCAUAGAUUUGGCUAUCACUGAUUUUGAAAAUAUAUUUAUAUAUUUGUAAAAUGUAUUUUUAUGCAUUUGGUAAUUUACAGAAAUAUUUACAAAUACUGGCAUGCAUGUCUAAGAGAAACUUUGAGAUGACUGAAUGAUGUCGUUAAUUAUUUUGUUAUUCAUCUCUUUGGAGUCUGUUUCUUCUCCUCAUUGUAUCAGCGUUA